AUGAUGAGCUUCGGCGGCGGCGCGGAUGCGCUGCUGGGCUCCCCGUUCGGCGCUCUGCUGCACGGCGGCGGCGGCGGCAGCAUGCACUACGCGCUGUCCCGCAAGGGCGGCUCUCGCUCCGCGACCGGUUCUUCCAGCGGCUUCCACUCGUGGUCUCGGACGUCGGCGAGCACGGCGUCGGCGUCUCCCAGCCGCUACCGCGGGUCGGGCGCCGCCGCCGCCUCGAGCACCGACUCUCUGGAGACGCUGAGCAACGGGCCGGCGAUGGAGGGCUGCGUGGUGGCGGCGCGCAGCGAGAAGGAGCAGCUGCAGGCGCUGAACGACCGCUUCGCGGGCUACAUCGACAAGGUGCGGCAGCUGGAGGCGCACAACCGCAGCCUGGAGGGCGAGGCGGCCGCGCUGAGGCAGCAGCAGGCCGGCCGCGCCGCCAUGGGCGAGCUGUACGAGCGCGAGGUGCGCGAGAUGCGCGGCGCCGUGCUGCGCCUGGGCGCGGCGCGCGGGCAGCUGCGCCUGGAGCAGGAGCACCUGCUGGAGGACAUCGCGCACGCGCGCCAGCGCCUCGACGACGAGGCCCGGAUGCGCGAGGAGGCCGAGGCGGCCGCGCGCGCCCUCGCGCGCUUCGCCCAGGAGGCCGAGGCCGCGCGCGCCGAGCUGCAGAAGAAAGCGCAGGCCCUGCAGGACGAGUGCGGCUACCUGCGGCGUCACCACCGCGAGGAGGUCGGAGAGCUGCUGGGCCAGAUCCAGGGCUGCGGGGCCGCGCAGGCGCAGGCGCAGGCCGAGGCGCGCGACGCCCUCAAGUGCGACGUGACGUCGGCGCUGCGGGAGAUCCGCGCGCAGCUCGAAGGCCACGCGGUGCAGAGCACGCUGCAGUCCGAGGAGUGGUUCCGAGUGAGGCUGGACCGACUGUCGGAGGCAGCUAAGGUGAACACAGAUGCUAUGCGCACAGCGCAGGAGGAGAUAAGUGAGUACCGGCGCCAGCUGCAGGCCAGGACCACAGAGCUGGAGGCCCUGAAGAGUACCAAGGAUUCACUGGAGAGGCAGCGGUGUGAGCUAGAGGACCGCCACCAGGCUGACAUUGCAUCCUACCAGGAAGCCAUUCAGCAGCUGGACAACGAGCUGAGGAACACAAAAUGGGAGAUGGCAGCCCAGCUCCGAGAGUACCAGGACCUGCUCAAUGUCAAGAUGGCUCUGGAUAUUGAGAUUGCUGCCUACAGAAAACUCCUGGAAGGUGAAGAAUGCCGGAUUGGCUUUGGCCCAAGCCCUUUCUCUCUUCCAGAGGGGCUCCCGAAAAUCCCCGCCACAUCCACUCAUAUCAGAGUCAAAAGUGAAGAGAAGAUCAAGGUGGUCGAAAAAUCAGAGAAGGAAACUGUGAUUGUGGAGGAGCAGACAGAAGAGAUCCAAGUGACUGAAGAAGUGACUGAAGAAGAGGAGAAAGAGAGCAAAGAGGAGGAAGGAGGAGAAGAGGAGGCAGAAGAGGGAGGAGAAGAAGCAGCAUCUCCGCCAGCAGAAGCAGCCACAUCUCCAGAAAAGGAAGCCAAGUCCCCAGAGAAAGAGGAGGUCAAGUCACCAGCUGAGAUCAAGUCUCCAGAGAAGGCCAAGUCCCCUGUGAAGGAAGAGGCCAAGUCACCAGCUGAGGUGAAGUCACCAGCUGGGACCAAGUCACCAGCUGAGACCAAAUCCCCACCCACUGAAGCGAAGUCACCUGCUGAGGCCAAGUCACCUGCUGAGGCCAAGUCACCUGCUGAGGCCAAAUCUCCACCCACUGAAACAAAGUCACCUGCUGAGGCCAAGUCACCAGCUGAGGCCAAGUCACCAGCCGAGGCCAAGUCACCACCUGCUGAAACAAAGUCACCAGCUGAGGCCAAGUCACCAGCUGAGGCCAAAUCACCACCUGCUGAAACAAAGUCACCAGCUGAGGCCAAGUCACCGGCUGAGGUGAAGUCACCAGCUGAGGCCAAGUCACCAGCCGAGGCCAAGUCACCACCGGCUGAAGCAAAGUCACCAACUGAUGCCAAGUCUCCAGAGAAGGCCAAGUCACCAAUUGAGGUGAAGUCACCAGCUGAAGCGAAGUCUCCAGAGAAGGCCAAGUCCCCGGAGAAGGAAGAGGCAAAAUCACCCAUUGAGGUCAAGUCCCCGGAGAAGGCUAAACCCCCCGUGAAGGAAGAGGUCAAGUCUCCCGCUGAGGUGAAGUCCCCGGAGAAGGCCAAGACCCUAGAUGUGAAGUCUCCGGAAGCCAAGACUCCAGUGAAGGAUGGAGCAAAGUCUCCUGCAGACAUCAAAUCCCCUGAGAAGGCCAAAAGCCCUGCCAAGGAGGAGGUGGCCAAGUCCCCAGAGAAGGUCAGAUCCCCCGAGAAGGAGGUCCCCAAAAAGGAAGAGGCGAAGCCCCCCGUGAAGGAGGAGGUGAAAGCCAAAGAGCCCCCAAGGAAGGUGGAGGAAGAGAAAGCCCCAGCCACACCGAAAACAGAGGAGAAGAAGGAGGGCAGGAAAGAUGAGGCCCCAAAGCCUGAGGUGGCAGAGAAGAAGGAAGGUGCUGCAGAAAAGCCCAAGGAGUCCGAAGUGGAAGCCAAGAAGGAAGAGGCCGGAGAUAAGAAGCAAGCUGCGGCUCCGGGGAAGGAAGCCCCAGCCAAGGCAGCAGUGAAGGAGGAGGCCAAGCCCAAAGAGAAGACGGAGGCGGCCAAGACGGAACCACCCAGCAAACCAGCAGAGAAGGAGCCGGAAAAGCCAAAGAAAGAAGAGACGCCAGCGGCACCGGAGAAGAAAGACGCCAAGAAACCCGAGGAGAAACCCAAAGCGGAGGCCAAGGCCAAAGAGGAUGACAAGGGCCUUUCCAAGGAGCCCAGCAAACCCAAGACAGAAAAGGCUGAAAAAUCCUCCAGCACAGACCAAAAAGACAGCCGGCCUCCAGAGAAGGCCACAGAGGACAAGGCCACCAAGGGGGAGAAGUAAGGCAGGGACAAGGGAACAUCCAGAGCAGCCAAAGAAACUCAGGAGGGUCCCAGAAGUCAAGGGCCAGUGUAACAAAGUCUCCUCUCCCCCACCCUUCCUUUUCUUUCUGUAAGAAGAAACUCUGCGUAGACCUCGAUGGAUUCGCCUUCACCAGACAGGAGUUUCUGUUAGCAAUAUGUUAGCAAGAGAGGGCACUCCUCAGCCCCCCUCCCCCUCCACACCCUCCCCAGGCGAUGGAAAUUAUGUUAUGAUAGCUUACAUAGCUGAGUGUGAUGUAUGCUGAAUGCCACACGUAAAACACUUGACAACAAAUCUGCCCCCUCCUUUCCAAAUAAGUGCAUUUAUUUCCUGUAUGUACAACCGACAGACGACCACAAUAAUGAAUGAGCAGUUAGAAAUGCAUUAUGCUUGAGAUGUCUUAACCUAUUCCUGAAUGCCUUCUGUUUUCCAAAGGAGUGAUCAAGCCCUUGCCCUGUGCUCUAUCCUGGAAGAGCUGCAGCAGGUAGGGCAGGGCACUGGCCCAUGAAUCAUGCCAGGGCUCACUUUCCACUGGAGUCCACUUUCAAUUGCUUCUGUGCAAUAAAACCAAGUGCUUCUGAAA